UUUGACCACUUGUAAUCAGACUCUCCAUUGCAGAACUUGAAGGUCCUUGGGAGCAGAUAAGAACGAAGCAUGGCUUCCGCGUAUACGACCAUGCCCAAAAGGCAAAAGGCUCCAGAGGCCGUGCAUGUCACGGAGCGCCCCACCACGAACUGGGGGUUACAUGUAAGGGCCAUCAUCCAAUAUGUCAUCAGAUCAUCUCUCAGCCCCUCAAGGACUGAAAGAGCAGAAGAAAGCAGGAGCAGAAGCAGGAUGAUCAUAACAAACACGACCGCGACAUGUUCUUCCCAGAAAGCAUAUAUCACGCCAGUGCCCAGUUGGAUCCCUAUGUUGACCACGACCGUGACCACGAAAAUCCCCCAAGCCAUGAGAUUCAUCGCGAGGUCUUUGGGUUUCAUGGCUCCAAGAGAAGGCAUGAAAUUCGACAUGACUGUGCAGACAAAGGCCCCACUGCUGAGCUUCGCGAGCUGGUCUCCGUGCCGUGGCAUGGAGCUGUUGAGGUCGACUGACAGCUUGGUCGCGACUGCCAUGAGAGCCAGAGUGGUGGCGUUGAGAGAGAAGAAUUUGCAAGGGAACCAGAGUAUCUUGUAGCGCAGGCCAUGGAAGACGUCCCCAGCCAUGGCUGCUGCACAAGCUGCAGAUGCCACUGCCACGUAGAUUCCAAUCCACGGCAUUGGCUCGCUGUACUUUGACUCGUCUAGGAUCCCAUCCGCCGUGCAGCCCAUUGGCAUCUCCCCUUUCUUUCCUCCUAUCUGGUUCCUGGUUGAACUUUGCUCGCGGGUAUAUCAAAAGUCAAACGAAUGUGGACAUGAUGUGUGUCCAUAUUCGUUCAACUAUUGAUACAUCGUGUCUGUAUUCAUUUGACUUUUGAUUUAUCGUAAAAAUUAAAAUGGUCUCAGUAAAACAGGGGGGAGUAUGAAUGAAGGGAAGCAUGCUGCAUAUUUAUUGCUUGUAUUUUUGUGUGUGGCUAAGGUUUUGUCUGGGGUCAAGAAUGGUUUUAA